GAAAACCCCACCAAUAACCUAAACGAAAACCAAGAUGCUCUAAAAAUAUCUAUCACUCCCAAAAGUCAGAUAUUUUCGGGAAAAGAUUACUCUGUUUCCCGAUACUCGGUCGCAUCACCAGGUAAACAAGGGUUCGUCUCUCUUUAUCCCCGCCGGCCGCCGCCACAACGGCUAGAGGAGGUGCAGAGAAGGCAAAUUACCGUCAUUCUAUCCUUCUAUAUACAAUUUGAUCAUUUCUUUUUGGCAAUUGGAGUAGAUAUUUGGAUAUAUGCACAGGAUUAACAAGCCAAGUAUAGUGCUCAUCUGUAGGUAGCAACCAAAUUUUUUGGGAUCUAUCUAAAUGUGGAACUUUGCAUCCAAAUGUCUCGCUGGCACUGGCGGCCUAAGAUUUAGGAUUGGCUUCAGAAAACUAACACAAGGCGUUCAACAAUUGUCAGACAAUGAAGCUUCUUCCACCAUUAGUAGAGAGGAGGGAUUAGAGUGCCCAAUAUGCUACGAAUCCUUUAACAUUGUCGAAAAUGUACCUUAUGUUUUAUGGUGUGGCCAUUCACUCUGUAAAAACUGCGUCUUAGGUCUUCGCUGGGCAAUUGUGAAGAUCCCUCCUUUACCCAUUCAGCUGCCUCUCCUAAUAUCUUGCCCCUGGUGCAACCUCUUAUCUCCCCGUCUCGUAUUACAAGGAAACUUGAGAUUUCCUCGUAAGAACUACUUCCUUCUCUGGAUGGUUGAAAGACUGAAUGAUGAUAAGUUGAAGAAGUCUCGGGAUGAUCCUUGUAGUGAUUCUCGGCCUUCUAAGUCGACUCAAAUAAGCCAUUCUAAUGUCCAAAGAUUUCAAUCCUCAGGAUCCACCACCGUUCAUGAUCGUGUUGUUGGGAUACGCUGUUAUGUACAGAAGUGCCUGCUUUUGUUUGUUGAAUUAACAGCCAAGUUCCCAUUGGUCCUAAUCUCUCUCCUGAUUGUGUUAUAUGUAAUUCCUGCCAGUGCCACAAUAUUGGUCUUGUACGUGCUGCUCACGAUUCUGUUCGUGCUCCCUUCAUGUCUCGUUCUGUAUUUUGCUUAUCCUAGUUUAGAUUGGCUGGUGAAGGAGAUCAUGGCUUAGGUUCAAUUAACAUCUUCCCUGUCAAGUCAACCAUGAGACCAUGGCAUAGGUUCAGUUGGUGCCAACCUUGGGACCAUGACUUAGGGCUCGAUUAAACAUCAUUCCUUAUGAAUCAUGAGAUGAUUGCUCCGGUUUCAGUUCGCAUCUUACCAUAAAUCCAAGUCUGAUGCAUUUCAGAAAGUGGCUGGUUUUGGUUGGAAGUUUGGUGAUUAGAGUCGACUUGAAUAGCUCCAUGGACUUGGGGUACUUCGUGUAUAUGUACUGUUUUGCCAAUUCAGUAGUUUUAGGUGGUCAUGGAUAUUGAUGUAUUGUGGUUAAAACAGUAUUACAGAGUUAUUGUAACGUAUUCAUUUAUAUGAGCCUGUAGAUACGUACUGUCCUUAUUGUUUA